AGCUCAAGGCCAAUUCUGAACAGAGAUGAGUAAGGUGCAGAACCAAGGUAACAAGUUCCGUAUGACCCUCGGUCUUCCAACUGGCGCUGUUCUUAACUGCGCUGACAACUCAGGUGCUAAGAACUUAUACGUCGUCUCUGUCAUCGGCACCGGUGCUCGUCUCAACCGUCUCCCAGCUGCCAGUGCUGGUGACAUGGUCAUGGCCACCGUCAAGAAGGGUAAGCCAGAACUCCGUAAGAAGGUCAUGCCAGCCGUCGUCGUUCGCCAACGUAAGCCAUGGAGAAGACGUGAUGGUGUCUUCCUCUACUUCGAAGACAACGCUGGUGUCAUCACCAACCCUAAGGGUGAAAUGAAGGGUUCAGCUAUCACCGGUCCUGUUGCAAAGGAAUGCGCUGACUUAUGGCCACGUAUCGCCUCAAACGCAGGUACUGUCGUCUAAUCUGUCUUCUUUGUCUCACUCAAAUGCACCAAAUAUAAAGAAUUAUCACGUGAGGUUCUACAAUCAAAACUUAAACUUCUCCUUA